AAUGGAUUUUCAAACCGGAAGUGGCAUAGCUGUUUUCGCGGAAAAUUCGAUUUGUAAACAAAAUUGUAUAAAGAUUUUUCGCCCAUAAUAUCAACUGAUAAAAGUUAACGUCAUUUUGAAGAAUGAGACUAACGUGUGAUGUAGAUUGUGUGAACAGGGCCUUGGCAACACACAAUAUGAAGAAGACAGGGAAAUCAACACGAUCACAGAUAUCGAUAGGGAAGAAACCAGGAAAUGGCCCGCUCAAAGAAAAUGCUCUGUACAUUAUGCUUUGUACAGCAAAAGACAGAAAUGGUACCAGGUAUCCUAUAAAAGACAAUAUAUCACAAGUAUUUACAAAGUUUGUCAAUGAAGGCAAAGCUACCAUAAGAUUUAAGCAGCCUGAACAAGAUCUGUGUAUAAGCAAAGCUGAUGUUAUUCAGUUGAAAAGUUUUCUGAACGUAUUACGGCAGGCGUUACAGGGGAAAAACCUUGACAACAUCACGCUAUCCAGUCUUGCACCAGCAUCCUCUAAGAACAUUGAGAAACCUAAGACACGACUUGUUAUAACAACAAAGAGAGAUUACCCACUGACGACUAAUUUUCCUAUGUCAUUAGAGUCAUUGCAGGUAUCUGAGUGCCGUAUGAAGAGAAUUGACUCAAGAAUUUUCAACUUGCGGAACCUUACGAGACUUGACCUGAGUCACAACUGCAUAGAACUUGUUCCCGACGAAUUAUCAAAAUUACGGAACUUGUCAGAACUUGUGUUAGCCCAUAAUAACUUAACAAUUUUCUCACCGAGUGUAUGCCUUAAGGAGUCUUUACAAAAAUCAUUGAAUUUGUUAGACCUAAGUGACAACAAAAUACAGAAGCUGCCGUUACAGAUAUGUGAACUUAUGCACCUCGUGAACUUGAAAUUUGAUAAUAACGAAAUGGAAAUGUUGCCACCUACAAUCGGUCGAUUGAAUAGACUUCAGUUUAUAUCUGCUUGUAAUAAUAAAUUAAGAGUUUUGCCUGCCAACUUCAUGAAACUGAGGUUAGACAGUGUGGAUUUGUUCGGGAACAGUUUUGAUGCGAUUGAGAACUACCAAAUUUCAGCAGGGUCUGUGGAUGUGCCCACGUUGAUGGAAUGUGCAGCAAGAUCAAUAAAGAAAGAAAGAGUAUCCUAUUCUGAAGAGGACCUUCAUUUACAUCUAUGCCGAUACCUGGACUCAGCCAGGCAGUGUUGGUGUGGUAACUACUGUUUCCAGUGCAGUGUUCGAUACACAAGCAAGGUGGAUCUGCGCCGUGUAGCCACUACAGUUACAGCUGUGGAUGUACAAGGAGGGACUGGGGUUCCCGUGGAAGGAUUUCUGUGCUCGCCUCAAUGUCUGAAAAAGUUCCAGAACAACCCAAAUGCCUACUGGAAAUAGCUGUUUAGAUUAAGUGUUGGAAAUAUUUAUUAAAACUGACUGAUCAAUGCCAGAUGGAAAUGAAAAUGUAGUUAGUGAACUUUAGUGCUGGAAAUACAUGUACAUUGUAUUAGAUAAAGUGCUGGAAAUAGCUGUUAAAAUUUAGGGCUGGAAAUAGUUGAUAUUUAUUGAUAGUAAUAGCUGAUGGAAUUUAGUGCUGGAAAUACAUAUUUGAAUUAAGUGCUGGAAAUAGCUGUUAAAAUUUAUGCUGAAAUAGCUGUUUAAAUUUAUGCUGGAAAUAGAAACUGUACAGAAAGAUGACUUUUCAGGAGAAAGAACUAUUGACUGUGUCUGUACAUAUUAUAUAUGUGGAUUUCUUUGUUAAUUUAUAAAACAAUAGUUUGUAUUUGUUAUAAAGCAAUUUUCCCAAAUGUUAUCAAUUUAACAUUUUUCUAGAACAUGUAGAAAUUAAUUCAUGCAGAUAUUGUUUAAAGGAAAGUUCUUGAUUGGUUUGCAUUUAUUAUUCUAUUUAAAUAAAUUGAAAGAAAACCUUUAUAAA